UGUGUUGAUAAUGAAUAAAGAUAAAAAGGCAGAAUGUAAGAAAAAACUAGUUCGCAAUUCGGAACAACCAUUGCCCAAAAUAACCCCGGUUGUUUCCAAAACGUCUUUACAAACCUCCAAUGAUUCUGGGAAGAAUGAAAAAUCUUUGGUGCACAAUUUAUCAAAAUCGGAUUUUGAUAAACCAGAACCUUGCAGCACCCUACAUUUUUCCAAGAAAAUCGAGGCAGUUGUUAAGCCCAGAAAAACUAAAAGUUUGUCUGAAGCAGACAGAUUAAAACUUGCAGUAGAUGAAAAGAUAACAAGGAGAGUUAAUUUUCCAUUGGAUCAACCAGUGUAUAAGGACCUAAUACCAUUGGGAAGUCAACAACCAAAAUCUCAAUCUGUUUUACCUGCAAGAGCCCCAUUACCAGCCAAAGAUAAGGAACCAUUGCUCUCCGAUUUCAUUGAACCAAAAAAAGUGAGAAAUUAUUGUCAUACUCUCAAUGUAAAAUUACCUUUAAGUGAUUCUAUAGUUUCUGUACCUCCUAGUCAUAAUUUAAGAUUAUAUAAGAUUCUUCAAGUUAAUAAUGAAAUUGUUCUGUAA